CCGCACUUCACGGGCGCCUGCCCACAUUCAACUCCCCCAUGCCUUUUGUUGCAUCUUUUGCAACUUCCAUGCUCGAGGGCGCUGGAACUUCCUUCCUCAACGUGGUGCAUGUGGCCGUCCUUCGCCAGGAAUCCGCAUGGUAAUUAUUAGUGAGGAAAGCAAGACCCAGGUCCAGUAUUCGUACCUACGUACCUUGCCUUCCCUGUGUCGUCGUCAAGCUCCGCACCCGCAGACCCGGGCGUCGACUGCACUGCUCUGCACCUUACCUGCGUGCCUGCCUACCUUACCUUACCUUACCUUGCCGCUCCGCACCUUCCAAUACAAUACCACUGCGUACCUACCUGCGAUCUCUCCGAAACUGAAACCCCUUGCUUCUCUUGAAUAACCCAACGUCGAAAUCUCACCCCAUUUGGGCUGAAGCCACCGACCGCCUUUCUUUCACAGUCACGGUCGCAUUUGCAGUGACGCCAGCAGCAAGCACCACCAACUUACCUGCUGCAAGGCAAACAAUCCUGAUUCGUCUGGGCUCGUUGUGCCAGAUCCAGACCUUCUCCAACCUUGAAUUGUCACUGCUCUCGCUGCAACUACCUUGCUUCGCACCCGCCGGGCUGACAGACGACCACCUACCGCCAAACCUUGGGUAGGCCACUUCGCACAAUUAUCACGGGUGCCGCGUCCUUCUCUCAAAUCGACCUGCCAACUUUCAAGAAAUACAAGAAUCGCACUUUCCGCUCACGAGUGAUUGCGGGCAUUUUUCUUAGCAGCUUCGACUGUGGUCUGCUCUGUAAUUCUUCAAAGGUAUUUCAAUUUCUGGUCUGGCUGCUGAUACCCAUACCUCCUUCCUCCUCCAACUACAUCCCACCGGAGAGGCAGUUCACGCCUCCUACCUUGCUUGACUUUGCUGACGCUGCCUACUUUGCGCAGGAUCCCACCUACUCCUAUGGUUUCGAUAUUACCGCGCGUCGAUAACGAUUUCAAACAAUGGAGAACGAGCCGCCUUCCGCGACCUCGAGGCGGGGUCGUCUAAUGGGGAAGCUCUUUGCCCUCAAAGAGAAAGAUCGCAAGCCCACGGCCGAAGAGACGGGCAAUAAUAUCAAUGAUUUCCUCAACGGCCCUUCUGAUACCCUGCAGGUCAACCAUGCCUCGCCUUCCACCGCCAUCCCCCAGCUUUCGAAGCUCGAUAUCUCCUCCGCUACUCGCUAUCCUCAAGCUUUGUCUGUCGCUAGUCACUCACAGCAAAGCCUGAACCCCCCGAACCAGUACUCCGCCCGCAGCCCUGGCCUAAGCCCGGGCAUCCCACCUCGGAGCCCGCGGCGUAGCAACCGAAAGGGCUUGACCGUUCGCUUUGUGGACCAGAAACCCGACAUCAUUGGCGAAGGUGGUGAUGAGUCGGAGAUCCCAGCCAUUGAGGUAUCGAGGCGCAAGAAGCAGCGGCCUCCUCCGUCUCCACGACGUACACCCGUGGCUGCUGUUCACGACUCUCCGCCGAGAGCGCCCUCAGCGCCGAAAGAGGACUCAGACUUCAUGCCUGGCCGCCUGCGACGAACACAGACAGGCUUCUCCUCUGUCAGCAACGAACCCAUCGAGCCCAAAGAACCCCCUCCAGCUUAUAGAGAGGUGGCACCGGGUAACGCAGUUUCGGCGCCAUUCUUGGACACCCCGACCAUCGCGAAAAACGAGAAUCGAAAGUCCUUCAUCGAGCACCAGCAGGCGGAGAUGCGACAAGCAGAGGGCAAGGCAUUUGCAGAGGCCGCACGUCAAGCUGAGCGGGAGGAGCAUGGAGGCCAAACGCCUCUCGUACCACAGAUAAACGAGUCCCCAACCAGAUCUCCAGUGCCACCUAGCAAGGUACCUCUCCAGGCGAGAUCCCCAGAUGACUACAGAAAGCCUCCCGAGCAAAGCCCGUCAUCCAUCUAUUCUAGCAGCACCGAAUUUAGCCAGCAGCAGAACACAGCUGCCAACUUCUCUCGGCAGCCUUCUGUCAAUUCCCAGUAUCAUAUGGCGCCCCCAUCUGCAACAGUUGCCUCGAGACAGGCAUCCUUCAACUUGCAUGAUGCAGUCCUUGCAGUUGGUGAUGACGCUCUGAACACAUUCGUCACUCGCACUCGCCACUUUAAUGAGCUAUUCAGACUGCAUGCCGAGACAAUCAAGCCCAUUUCGGCCUGUUCACCGCUAGAGCUAUCACGUGCUGCACUGUGGUGGCUCAUCAAAGGACGCACCGCUUUAGAGGUUGCAGUUCGUGCACGACCUGGUAGUCCUCAAGACCAGAUGCAGAACGAGAAUGAUCGCCAGCAGGCAUAUGCCAACCUUGCCAAAGGCUACUGGUUGGUGGAGGAAGCCAUACCUGAAGUGCAGGAGAACAAGCGCCUUGCACCCGACGCAGGCAUAACUGAGAUUCGCUCUACGUUGGUCGGCGCUCUCAAGAAGCUUGCCGUCUCAAUGAAGAGAAAUGGUUUCCUUCCGCCUGAGGAGGCGUUCUUGCCUCAGACCAUCGACAAGUCUAUCUGGGUUGAAUACCCCCGACUGAGCGUUGAUAUGAUUGCGUUGCUCACUGCCGAUUCAUCUGCAGCCAUGACAGGUGUUGUUCGCACCCCCUCUGCUUUCGAAGUUCUGGAGACUCUGCCCCCUAACGAUACUGCUGAGAACUUCACGUUCGGCAGAGUGAGCACGGACGUGUUCUUGAUGGAACAAGGCAUGGAUUCUCAGAGAUUCUAUUUCCCUUGCCUCCUGACUAUGGUCCGACCUAACAAACAGCACAACUUGGUCUUUGUUAUCGCUAGUCAACACGGCGAAGUGAACUUACGAAUCCAAGGAAACAAGAACUCAGGCCCGACAUGGGACGAUGUCCGCUGGCGCAAUUCAACCCACUCACUCGAGAUCAAACUACCCAGAGGCUUCAUGAUCGUCGUUCAGUGCUCACAGCAGGACUACCGAAUGCUGUGGAAUAUGUACGAUUUCGGUGCCCAGGUGCAGUCGACACUAUACGCCCGAUCCGAUGAGCACUGCGUUUUCCGUUCUACCCUUCGGUCAUUCCAGUACUUUGACUCAAAUCCCAAUUCCCGGGCGUUUCCCAAGGAAGCCGUGGCAAAUUGCGAUGUGGCUCUGUUUGAGAAGAUUCAUAAGGAGCAUGCCGCUGCAGGCCCACGCGCUUACCAUAGGGGGUACAGAAUCGUCGUGGUGACAGGCCCUCGUACGAGAACGCUCAGUGGUGUCAACCACACCUACACGCCACAGAUGCCAAUCCCCUUCAGUUUCCUUAGGUCGGACGGAGGUGAUGCUGCCUUGAUGCUCAAGUACGACAAUGGCAACCCGGAUCCGAACAAGCGCAUAAAGGUGAGCAUGGUGCUCUCGUUCGCUGAUGAGGGGGAGCGGGCCCAGCUCAACAGCCUCAUUUCCGGUACUUCUGUGCAAAAGGAUGAGACGAUCUACGCAGAUGUGCCCCUUAUUGGCUUCUCCAUGUCGACAUCUUUGCAGGAUAGCAAGUAUCUUCCAGGCGUCAGCCAGAUCCCCUGGACAUCCCUUCGAGUCAUCAACGAAGAUGCCGACGACGAGUAUCCUCGGACAGUUCUAGCCGACAGAUUAAGAGUCAUCGUUGAAUCCAAGCAGGGUUUACUCACCGACCGAGUGAACCUGCAACCUGGCGAAUUGCGAGUGAGGCUCGAGGUUCAAGAGACCAAGUCCCUCGUGGUGAUGCGCCAGCCACAGUUCGACAUGACUGCAAACGUGGCAGAUGGAACUGUUGGAAAGGAGAUCCCCAAGGCCAUGACCGAAAUGCUCCAAAUGCUGCAGACGACUCAAACGAUUCGCACUUACAGCUUCCCGACGCAGAAAGAUCUCCAUGCCUUCCAGGCUGCAUUGACUGGAUUCCAGGUCGUCUUCGACGGCCUCGCCGCUACCUUUGCAAUUUCCCGACGACGAAUGGUGGUCCCGAUCCACAAGAAAUGGGAGGCGGGAUUGACUCGAGUCCAAGUGGUGCAACAAGGCACGAUCAUGCAACUUCUCGCGUUCUUCCCAGACUUUCACCACGGCCAGUGUAUGAACUUCGUUUUGAAAGGCACGGAUGUGUACGAGACGUUUUCGAGGAGUAGCAAAGCUGGCAUCAAGUUUGUUGACGCCAAGUUCCCCAUGCCGCGCAUGCCCAACGGCAGCGACGGACCGUCAGACGACAUGGGAUUCAUUUGUCUGGACCUGCCGGACUUGCCGGGUGAGCACGACGACAUCACGCUCCUCUUCGAAAACGAAGCGGAACGCGACCGGCUGACGCAGUGUCUACCGGCCACCGUCAAGGGUUCCAGGUCACUGAGAGGCCGAUAGACGAAGCCCACUCGAAUUGACAAGUAAGGAGCUGUGCGAAAAGCGAAGAAUUUUCCAAAGCAUUGUUGUGGUUGGAAGCAAGACCUGGACAUUCGAAAAAACAAGAUACCCAUCAAUCUGUUCAUCACAUUGCUUUGCGAACAACGAAUAGCGAGAAAGGAGAGAUGGAUUAAGCACGGGGACGGAAAAGGGCAGAAUCCGCAGCCUGAAGAUGGCGGGUGGAUUUGGCACUGGUUUAUACCGAGAUGGCAAGUGCCUAGGCACUGGGAUGAUGUGGCAGGUCUGGCCGGAAGACCCGGGACAGCCGCCAUGGGUUGCGAGGCUAGGCAUCGUUGGGAGCCUCUCCAGAGCGGCCUACUUUUUUUGUGUGGUUUUAGGCGGUUAAGCAACAACACGACCGGAUCAUCAGGGUUGGGUCACUUUCUGGCUGCCUGUCAGGAUAUCAUGGUGGUUGUAGAGCAAAGGGCAGGCAUAAAAGCAUGCGCUUACGAGCAGCGUGCCUUUCCUUAGGUAGAAAGGACAGCAGCUUGACAAUGAUACGCGUAUCAAGUGACACACGACGUGUAUCCGACACAUACGAUAGUGCCGAAAAACGCGAGUGACAUGGGCUAUGGUACCCGUGUGGGCCAUUCUUCAAUAAGCCGUGUAUGGAAACAGAGCUGUCGAUUCAGUGGUCCACCAGACUGGACCGUCGUGGACCUCUUGGUCGAAGGGCGUGG